GCCAGAGCUUGGGUAACAUCGGGCUCAGCGGUAUUCCCAGGACGACCGCUUGCUGAAUAUGAACGCAUCAAUGCUCAAGAAUACAAGUACGAGUGCACGACAGGUGACUGCUUGAACACACUUUCAGGUGAAGAGCUAGUAGAAAAUGUACCAGAUAUUUGGCGUCGCGUGUGGCCAGACUUGCCGAUGGCUGAUGAAAACAAAACUCGUCAUGAAUGGUUAGUUCUAGAUGGUGAAGUGCUGCAAAAGAACCCAAUCGAUGUAUUGAAGGAGCCAGAACCAUUGAAGCUGGUCAUUGGAACGACCGCCCACGAAAGUCAUUCGGACAAACUGUUGCAUAAAUACACACAAUGGACACCCGAGCUGGUUCGUAAACAUAUUCAAGAAAGCGUAAUUGGGCAGAAGGGCCUAACCGAUGAAGUUCUGAAACGUUAUAACGCAACCUACCAAGGCUUGGUAAAAAUUGUCUCCGAUAUCCGCACUGUAUGUCCAUUGCUUGUGAUUGCCCGCUCCCAACAAAGCGUACCAUUUUAUGUGGUUACACAAACCGGAGGUGACCUUGAAAUUGCCGACGUUGAUGCCGACAUUCAAGCAAUUCUGGGUCGUUAUGAGCCAAAAACUUUCCAACAACGACGAUAUGCCUCGGCCAUUCAACAACUGUUCUAUCAUUAUGUGUCGCAUGGUGAGCUCAAGCAAUAUGAACCACGAAGAAGAGUGUUGGAUGUUGGCCAAGAUGCCCUGUCUGUCGAAGAUUAUCCUAAUUGUGAUUUCUGGAUUAAAGAAGACAUUGUACCCAGAUAUGCACGAAUCGACUAAUUUAAUUUUAAGCUUUAAUUUUGAUUUAUACCGAGAAUUUUUAUUUUAUUUUUCUUUGUGUAUAAUUUUAUACAAACACGAAAUGAAACGAUCGAUUGCAUACGAUAUGGGCACAUAUGAAACCGAGAGGUUGGGGGAAAAAUAUUAAAAUGGACGAAGAAAAAAUGAAAAGAAAAAAAAAAUUCAAAACGAAAAUUACAUAAAAUGCGAAAUGUUUGUAAAACAAUCAGAAUGUGUAAGGAGAAUAAUCGACACCAAGCACCAAGACAAUGAAUUAUUCUUGAUUAAAGUAUACACUUGAUUUGAUUUGAUUUGAUUUGAUUUGAUUUUAUUUGAAUUCAUUUGAUUUGGUUCAGAAGCAAAAAGCCAGAUCCUGCUAUUGCAUUUCCCCACAUUGCGUUAGUUUAAUUUCUUUACUAAAACUGAUCCAAAUAAAUAUUUAUUGAGUGUGUCAAAAUAAUAUAUUAUACAUAAACAGUACAAGUUUUCAGUAUUUUUUAAUAUUUAUGUAGAGUAAAUGAUGUUAAAUCUACUGAUGAAAAAACGCUCUUAUCUCAUGGAUGAACACAUGAGUCAUAACAAACCGCUGGUUCCACAAAUAGAUUCACUAACAUUGUAGAACAUUCAAUAAUUCCAUUUAGACGAUCUACCUAUCAAUGGUGUGCAAUAAACAAGAUAGGUAGCAAUUCACAUAUGUCACUCGUUUUCAUUUUUUUCUCUCGUUUUAAUGAUUAAUAAUUGCGAUAAACAUUCACGUACAGAGAAAUGUUACUAAAAAAAAUUAACCCGAACUCAGAAAAAAUAAUCUUCCACUGCGAAAUAAAGCGAAAAAUUAAAUGAAAAAAAAAAAUGGAAUGGAAUUAGCAAACACUAUAGUUAAAUUUCAAUCAACCAGAACGAAAUCAAUAGCAGCCAAAUUUAAAACAAUGAUUUUUUCACAAAUUUUUGAUCAGAAAAUAUAUUUGUCUUGAAGGUUUUCUUUUUUAAACAUAACCAGCGCCGUACCGUCCAUACAAGCAUUUGGUAAAAAUGUCCGAGGCUGAGCCCCAUCUGAAAUUGUUUUCACGAUACGGCGCUGAACAUAACAAUCAAUUUUUAACGCAAAUUUUUUGAGUCUAUUUUCUACCGAAAUAUUCAUAGUUUCAAAUUGAAUUUUUAUACAUUCAAUUUAACGGAAUUUUGAUAGAAGAUGUUUUUCUAAAUGAUUUUAUAACCUGAACAUGAAGCCAAGCCAAGCCAAGCCAUUCAAAAAUAUAACCAAGCACCGAUUUUAGAUUGUAAUAAUUUCAUCAACCUCAAUAAAUCGAACAUCAAAAAUGACAACAACAGAAAUAUUUGAAAAAAAGGGACAAGCUAACGAUUAAUUGGAUAGGCUUAGAUUGACAAAAAAAUGUACUAGUUGUAAGCAAUUAAAGACGAACUUUAACUGUACUAAUGUAUACUGUGCUGUUGAAAAAAGAAGAUCUUUUUUUUAUAUUUUUGCUCUAAAACAUCCAAUGGAAAUCGAAAUAUUCUCCUCUUAAUACGCAAAAUAUUUAAUUAAUUAUUAUUUAAAUGGCUGUAUUAAGUUUAAUUUUAAUUAUAUUAUAUAAAACAAAACAACAAACAAACAAAAAAUCCCAAAAACUAUAUGAAUUGAUUGAUUAAAAUAGAUAAGCGCAUGCGAAACCAAAUUGAUUUCGAACAAACAAACAAAAAAUAAAUGUUAGGAACUUUUUUAGGAGAAGCCCAACGAUAUAUGAUUUCUACUUAUUUGUCACGCUGCAGUAGCAUUUGUAUCCGUUUCACGAACAUAACAAAAAAAAAAAAACAUACUUCACGGAAUCUAGACAUUAAUUCGCUGUUAGAACAAACAGAAAAAUACAAUGAAAUCUUUUGUAUCGAUUGAAUUUCACGGAAGCGAUCAAUAGCUAAUUAAUUAAGAGCAUUAAGCACUAACCAAUUUUGACACAGCAAUCGUCAAUUGUAAGAUUCACUGUCGGUAAAUCUCUACCUAAGUCAGCAAGAAAUGAAAACAAAAGGAGAUGGAAAACACCCUCCAAAAUCUAAUUAAUAUAAAAGAUUUCACUGUAAAUAAUAAGUUAAGUAUUGAACGAUUAGAAAAAUGAACGUUUCAUUUUAGAAAUUAAAAAAAUGUAAUUACAUUAAAAGAAUAACUCAUCAAAAUAUAUUAAAGGAAAUAAUUUCAACGGUCGAGAAAAACAAAUAGAUAAUAAUGAUAUUAAAAGAAAUACCAUAGCUUCAAUCUCAAAUCAAUUCAUCCUGAAAAUUGAACGUUGAAACGAAUCAUUCGAAGAGAAAACGAACUUGGAAUGAUUCUGGCAUCCAUUGUAUAUGCUUUAUACUCUAUCUCUCUUUCCUUUCAAAAGCAUAUUUGCAAAUCAAAAUGCUUUUUUUUGGUUCAAGUUUUCUGAAUUAUAUCGGCUGAUUCACCUCAUUGUCACUAAAUUAAUCAGCUGUUGAUUAGAGUUUAAUUUACAAAUGUAAUAAACAUAAAAAUAUAAAAAAAAAAAUAAAGAAAGAAACGCAAAUA